UUAAAUUUAUUAAAAUUCCCUUUUUUUCUUGUAAAGAGAAAAAAAAUAUACUUUGUGUUAUCGUAAAGUUUGUGGAUAGAACUAUAACUGUAUGUUAUUUAAACGGUGUGCACUGGUGAGAAGUGUGACAUAAUUCGUUAAACAUAUUAGAAUAUUGUGAAUAGUAUAGCGGCUUUUAACUUUUUAGUGAAAUAGUGGCUGUAAGAUGAAGUUAAAAGAGUUGAAGAGGGCGGUGAACAUAAGCUGGUCGCCGGCGGAGCACUACCCCGUGCUGCUGGCGGCCGGCUCCGCCGCUCAGCAAGUGGACGUAUCCUUCAGCUCCAAUUCUUCCUUAGAGCUAUACUCGCUGAACUUGGACGACCCUGGAUUAGAUCUGGAAUUGAAGUCCAGCUUGCAGACACAGCAUAAAUUCCAAAAGAUUGUAUGGUCCGGUGCUGGAGUCAUAGCGGGAGGUUGUGAUGGUGGUUUACUCGAGUUCUACAAUGUGGAAAAACUCCUCAAAAGUGACAGUGAUGCAUUAGUUGGCAGUAGCACAAAACACAGCGGUCAUGUGUCAGCACUGGACAUCAACCCAUACCAGAAGAACCUGCUCGCGUCAGGUGCAUCAGAGAGCGAGAUCUUCAUCUGGGACUUGAACAAUACCAGUCAGCCAAUGGCCCCCGGAAAUAGAAGUCAGCCAUACGACCAUGUGCAGGGGCUCGCGUGGAAUCAACAAGUUCAACACAUUUUGGGUUCCACAUUUGCAACAAGAUGCGUCGUUUGGGACUUGAGGAAGAAUGAACCGAUUAUGAAAUUGAGCGACUCGCAGUCUCGCAGCCGGUGGCGGGCGCUGGCCUGGCAUCCGUCCGUCGCCACGCAGCUCUGCGUCGCCUCCGACGACGACCAGGCGCCCGUCAUACAGCUCUGGGACCUCAGGUUGGCGGCGUCGCCGCUGGUGUCGCUGGAGGGCCACCACAAGGGAGUGUUGGCACUGUCGUGGUGCCGCCAGGACCCCGCGCUGCUGCUGUCCGCCUCUAAGGACGGUCGCGUGCUGCUCUGGGACCCCAACGACACGCGUCCGGGCGGGUGGCUGCAGGUGCAGGUGUGGCAGCAGGCGCGGUGGGCGCUGCAGGCGGCGUGGAGCCCGCGCGCGCCCGCGCUGCUGGCCGUCGGCGGGCCCGACCACCUCGCCGUGCACUCGCUGCUCGGCGGCCGCGCCUCCGCCGCCAGCAGCGCGGCGCAGAGCAGCAUCCUGGAGUCGUUCGGCGGCGCGCCGCUCGGCCGCCUGCCCGCGCCGCCCGCGCCCGCGCCGCCCGCGCACCCGCCGCGCCCGCCCGCCUGGCUGCGCCGCGCCGCCGCGCGCCACGCGUUCGGCGGCAAACUGGUGACGAUCGAGCAAAACCAAACGGAGAACGGGCCGCAGCGGGUGGUGCGGAUCUGGCGCGUGGUGAGCGAGCCGCAGCUGGCCGCGCGCGCCGCGCAGCUCGACGCCGCGCUCGGCGACGCGGCCGCCCACCACAGCCUCGCCGAGUACUGCCGGCAGCAGGGCGACCAGGCGACGGACCAGGACGAGCGCUACACGUGGUUCUUCCUGCGCGCCAACUUCCUGCCCGACUUCCGCAAUGAGGCACUCAACUUGUUAGGUUACAAACAAGACGAGCUGCCUUCAAAAUUCAAGAGUAUCUCGGCUACGGACGGUACACAGGACCUCUCCGGUCUCAGUCGGGACGGUCCCGCGCUGCUCGAGAGGAAGCUCGCCAACAUCGACCUUGAACCAACCGCCACUAACGUUGUCAUACCAAAUGGUGAAGACUCGACUAGUUUGAUUUGCCGCGCGCUCGUGUGCGGUAACUUGGAGGAGGCGGUCGAACUGUGCUUGGAAGCGGACAGAGUGGCCGAUGCUCUUAUCAUCGCGUCCUUGGGCAGCCCGGAGCUGGUGCAGGCGGUGCAGCAGCAGCACCUGCGGCGCGCGGCGGCGGACCCGGUGUCGCUGGCGGCGGGCGCCGUGCUGCGCGGCCGCUGGGCGGCGCUGGUGGCGGCCGCCGCGCCGCGCUGCUGGCGCGCUACCCUCGGCCUGCUGCUGGCGCACUGCGACGCCGCCGACCUCGCGCAAUACGCAGAGAUGCUGGGCGACAAGCUGUCGUCGGAGCCGGACAGCGGGUUGUCGGAAGCGGCCACGGUGUGCUACCUGUGCGCCAUGAGCGCGGACGUGCUGGCCGGCCGCUGGGCGCGCGCCGCCGCCGCCGACGCCGCCGCCGCCGACCGCCUGCCCGCGCUCGCCCGCCUCGCGCAGCGCGCCGCCGCCGCCAGGGGGCGCCCCGUGCAGCCGGGCGGCCAGCUGGAGCGCGUGGUGGCGCAGUACGCGCUGCGGCUGGCGGCGCAGGGCGAGGAGGCGGCGGCGCUGCGCGCGCUGGCCGACGGCGGCGCCGCGCCGCUGGCCGCGCGCCUGCGGGCCGCGCUGCGCCUGCCCGCGCACCAGGCUGAAAACAUGACGAGUACGACGCGCGGCCCGAGGCACGCACACAAGCGCAGCUCGUUCGCGCACGGUGACGUCACGCACGCCUACAACGCCGGCUACGAGCAGCAGCCGUGGCAACAGCCGUGGCAGCAGGCAUCGGUUCCGGCGCCGAUCAGCGCGUACCCGCAGCACAACAGCUACGCGCCGCCUCCCCCGCAGCCGCUGCAGCCGCCGCAGCCGCCGCAGCCGCAAGUGCUGCAGCCGCAGCCGCCACAGCCGCCACAGCCGCCGCGUCCAGGCAGCGUCGGCCCGCAGUCCGGCGGCAUAACGUCUCGAUCGAAAUACAAAGUGGACCCGUCGGUGCAGUCGGCGCCGCUGUACAACCAGUACAGUUUCAACAGCCCCCCGCAGCCGCCAUUCUCGGCCGCCGGCUACAACAGCCCCCUCCCCGACCAGUACAGCUCUGCCAGCGUGCCGUCCAGCUUCGCUCCUGUCAAUCCCGUCAACUCUAUAAAUCCUCCGAAUAUUAUGAAUCCGAAUCCGUUGAAUCCCGUCAACCCAUUAAAUCCCGUUAACCCAUUAAAUCCUGUAAAUCCCGUCAACCCAUUAAACCCGAUGAACCCGGCGGUGAACGGCGGCUACUACAACAAUCAGCCGGAGCCGCCGCCCGUACAGAAGCCCGUGGCGCCGGGCUGGAACGAUCCUCCAAUGCUUACGGCCAAACCUAAGCCUAAACCAGAAGUGUCAGCGCCCCAAGCGCCCAUAACGCACCCGAUAUUCGGCGUGGAGCAGCCGCAGCACGUGCCGCUGGCGCCGGCCGGCCAGCCGCAGUAUCCUCAGCAUCCUCAACAGUACGGCCAAUAUCCCGACCAGCAGUACGCGCAGUAUCCCGACCAACAGUAUGGCCAGUAUCCACCCACGCAGCCGCCGCCUGGGUAUACGCAACAAGCGGAGCCCCCCGCGGCGGCCGCGGUGGCGGCACCGAAGCCCCCGCUGGCAGAACCGGAGGCUCGACUGCAGGCCGUGUUCGACGGAUUGCGGACCAACUGUGCCGCACUAGCGCCCACACCGCAAGUGAAGAGAAAGUUGGAAGACGUACAAAGGAGAUUAGAAACUUUAUACGACAUGUUACGGGAAAAUAGGCUGUCAGCGAGCGCGCUGAGCUCGCUGCACGCGUGCGCGGAGGCCGGCCGCGCGCAGCAGUACAGCGCGGCGCUGCAGCAGGCGGCGGCGCUCGCCACCGGGCCCGACUUCGCCGCCGUCGCCUCCUUCCUGCCCGGCCUCAAGGCGCUGCUGCAGCUCGCCGCCGGCCUGCAGCCGCCGCCGCCGCCGCCGCCGCCCGCCAGCUGACCUCACCACCCCCGCUACGGCCCGCUCUAACUAACCUAACGCCUGUUUCUACCGACGUACGUGUCGCGAACACGGCACGCAACCAAACAUGUAGCAUAACACGUCACGCAACAUGUUGCAUGUGUUCACGACAUGUAGGGUAUAUUGGUAGAAAUGGUUGCUGAGACAUUUACAAAGACAUAAACAUACUCUGUUAUGUGUAAAUAAUUAAUAUAAACGCUUUAUAUAUAAUAUAUAAAUCUAAUGUUGAUUAAACAGCAAAAUACAUGUUUCGUUACUUAUACAAUAACAUGUAUUAUAUAUGUAGCAUAUUUUAUACAUGUAUAAGAGUUUAUAAUGAGAUAUGUAAACAACAUGUAUUAUUGCAUGUAUCACAUGUGUGAAAGUCAGUAUAAUCACUUUACAUGUGUAAUAAUAAUGUCUAAAGUAAACAAAAUGUUAAAAUAAUGCGUGAGUGUUAAAAUAAUAGUCUAAUCUGCAUUACAAUAGUUGACUACCAAUAUUUCCUAAUUGAUAUGAAAAUACAUAAUAUAUAAACAUACAUAAUAAAUAACAAUUCUUUUAAUUUAUUUAUCUCUAUUUCUAUGUUACUUAGAAAAAUAUUUUUUACAAUUAUAUACAAUAAUAUUGAGAAUUGGUACUAGAGCGUAACGAUUUUUCUUUUUGAUUUAAUCAUAUUUGCGAUAAAUUCAAAAUUAGAAUGUUUUCUUUUUGGUUCCUAUAAAUUGUUUUUCGAAUAAUAUAUUUAUAUAUUGACAGACUGGCAAUGCAAUUAUAGAAACGAGAUAUAAAAAUGGUUACACUAGUGUGCGUGUUCUGUAAAUUUAAAAACUCAACAUCAACAAGUCACACUCAUCAUCAAGUGUUCUGUAAAUUUAUGUAUAAGUCUGAAUUUAUAUGGAAUUGAAUUCGCAAAAAUAGCGUAAGUUCAUGUAUUCAUAAUAAUUUGGAUUAAAUUAGAUUUUUUUUUUCUACUAAUUUUUGUGUAAAAUAUUACAGAAAUAGUAUAGAAUCAUUAGAGGAUCUGUAAUAUUGCAUUUCAAAGUAGAUAAAUGUUAACAGAGCAAUUAUGCGAAAAGUAUUUUUUUUUUUUACCGACUACUUUCACUUAAAACUAAUUACACUUAAAAAGUGUAAAAAUAAUGAGAACUUAUUUUAUCUAUACUCCCUUCAAGUCAGUUUCGUGUUAAUAUAGUUUAGGCGAGUGCCCUACUUGUCUGUCUCACUCUCACAUAUAUGCUAUUAUGUAUCUUCUCUUUUACAUUGGCUUAGAUUGGCCCUUUAUAUUAUACUUUAUAAUCUAAGGUUUUCCU